AUGAGAUGUUAUCGUUCUUUGAUGUGAAGGCGCCAUGGCCGCCGAACAGGAGCAAUUUUACCAAAUCUUAACAACACUUUUAUCUACGGAUAACGUGAUUAGAACUCAAGCUGAGGAUGCUUAUUCCAAUUUACCAAUCGAAACAAAAGUAAGUCAUCUGUUGGGAGCUAUCCGCAACACCAGUUUGAGUCAUGAAGCUCGUCAGAUGUCUGCUGUGUUGCUGCGUAGGGUGUUUUCCAACGAUUUCAUGGAAUUCUAUCCAAAACUACCUGUGGAAAGUCAAAAUCAGUUGAAAGAACAAGUUCUCUUAGCUGUACAACAAGUUGAGACUGAACAAUUAAGGCAUAAGGUGUGUGAGGUAGUAGCAGAAGUUGCAAGAAAUUUGAUUGAUGAUGAUGGAAACAAUCAGUGGCCAGAAUUUUUACAGUUCCUUUUCCAUUGUGCCAAUGACCAAAAUCCAGUUCUCAAGGAAGCUGCACUUCAGAUGUUUACAAGUGUUCCUGGUGUGUUUGGUAGCCAACAAAAUAACUACUUGGACUUAAUCAAGCAAAUGAUAUUGCAAAGCUUGCAGCCUACUGAAGAAUAUGAAGUAAGGUUUCAAGCUGUUAGGGCAGUAGGUGCCUUCAUGCUUAUUAAUGACAAAGAAACGCAGAUUCUAAAACAUUUCGCCGAUCUUUUAACUCCCAUGUUACAUGUUAUCGCAGAGAGUAUUCAACAACAAGAAGACGAUACUUUGUUAAAGGUUUUAAUUGAUUUAGCAGAAAAUGUCCCCAAAUUUUUAAGACCACAACUACUACCUAUUUAUGAGAUGUGCAUGAAGAUUUUUAGCGACUCUGGAGCACUAGACAGUUGGAGACAACUCGCGUUAGAGGUUAUGGUUACUCUGGCAGAAAUGGCACCAGCAAUGGUUCGUAAGAAUGCAUCUAAAUAUAUGGAACAACUUAUUCCCCUAAUUUUACAAUUUAUGGCUGACCUUGAAGAAGAAUCUGGAUGGGCUGAGUCAGAUGAACUUUUGGACGAAGAUAAUGAUUGUAAUAACGUAGUUGCAGAGGCUGCAUUAGAUCGUCUUGCAUGUGGAUUAGGGGGUAAAAUCAUUCUUCCUCUCGUAACUCAAAGUGUUCCCAGUAUGUUGGCAAGUCCGGAUUGGAAGCAAAGGCAUGCCGCCCUUAUGGCUCUAAGUGCAGUUGGAGAAGGUUGUCACAAACAAAUGGAAGGUAUGCUUCAACAAAUCAUGAACGGAGUUCCUGGUGUAAUGGAUGGUGUUUUACGUUAUUUACAAGAUCCACAUCCAAGAGUGAGAUACGCGGCUUGUAAUGCCGUAGGUCAAAUGGCAACAGAUUUUGCACCAGUUUUCGAAAAGAAAUUCCACAAUCAAGUAGUCCCCGGUUUGCUUAUGUUACUAGAUGAUAAUGCCAAUCCACGAGUCCAGGCUCAUGCUGGAGCUGCUUUGGUAAAUUUCGCUGAAGAUUGUCCCAAACAUAUACUGAACGGAUACUUAGAACCACUGAUGAGUAAACUUGAAGGGAUUCUAACUGCAAAGUUUAAAGAAUUGGUAGAAAAGGGCACCAAAUUGGUAUUGGAACAGGUUGUGACAACUAUAGCUAGUGUUGCAGAUACAGCUGAAACUGAAUUUAUAGCUUAUUAUGAUCGCUUAAUGCCGUGCUUAAAAUAUAUUAUUCAAAAUGCUAAUAAAGAUGAGCUUAAAUUACUCAGAGGUAAAGCUAUUGAAUGUGUUACAUUAAUUGGUAUGGCAGUUGGAUCCGAAAAAUUCAGCAUAGAUGCAACAGAAGUUAUGGAUAUGUUGUUGAAGACACAUGGGGACGGAGCUGAAUUACCCGAUGACGAUCCCCAAACUAGUUAUCUUAUUUCCGCUUGGUCUAGAAUAUGUAAAGUUCUUGGUAAGAAUUUCGAACAAUAUUUGCCUUUAGUAAUGGGGCCAGUAAUAAGAACUGCAGCUAUGAAACCUGAUGUUGCCCUUUUAGACAACGACGAUAUGCAAGGGGUAGAAGGUGAUGACGAUUGGCAAUUUGUAUCUUUAGGAGAACAGAAGAACUUCGGAAUUCGCACGGCAGGUCUUGAAGACAAAGCUGCUGCCUGUAGUAUGCUUGUUUGCUAUGCUCGUGAGCUAAAAGAUAGUUUCUCAAAUUAUGCUGAAGAAGUCGUCAAACUCAUGGUACCAAUGCUCAAAUUCUACUUCCACGAUGGCGUUAGAAAUGCUGCUGCAGAAUCUCUACCAUGGCUAUUGGAAUGUGCAACAAAUAAAGGACCUGCCUUCUUAGGUGGUAUGUGGAGUUUUAUUUGCCCCGAACUGCUCAAAGCCAUUGACACUGAACCUGAAAGUGAAGUUUUAAUGGUUAUGUUAGACUCAUUGUCAAGGUGUAUUCAGAAAUUAGGACCGAGUUAUAUUGAUCAAGAAUCCAUGACUGAAAUUUUGAGGAUAAUUGACAAAUUAAUGAAAGAACAUUUUGAACGAGCCAAUGAUAGACAUAAGAAACAUUUAGACGAAGAUUAUGAUGAGGAAGUACAAGAGCAAUUGGAAGAUGAAGAAUCAGAUGAUAUAUAUGUACUCAGUAAAAUAGCCGAUGUUAUUCACUCCCUAUUUCUAGUAUAUAGAGAAACCUUCCUGCCGUUGUUUGAUCAGAUUUGUAGUCACUUUGUUAAUCUUUUAACCCCUAACCGCAGCUGGGCAGAUAGGCAAUGGGGAAUAUGUGUAUUUGACGAUGUUAUAGAAUUCACAGGUCCAGCAUGCUCAAAAUACCAAGGCUAUUUUCUUCAACCUCUGGCUUUAUACAUCAAAGACAAGACCACUGAAGUUAGACAGGCAGCAGCUUACGGAUGGGGAGUGCUAGCGCAAUUUGGAGGUGAACAAUUUGCGGGAGAAUUAGCUAAAGCUGUACCAGUUUUAGCUGAAGUUAUAAAUGAACCUGAAUCAAAGGACCCUAGGAAUAUUAAUGCUACUGAAAAUGCUAUAUCGGCUGUUACUAAAAUUAUGAAGUAUAAUAACUCACAGAUUAACCUUGACGAAAUUAUUCCCCUGUGGUUCUCCUGGUUGCCAGUUAUAGAAGAUGUAGACGAAUCACCUCAUAUUUAUGGAUAUAUGUGCGAUUUAAUAGAGCAGAAUAAUCAACACAUUUUAGGCGUAAAUAAUUCCAAUAUACCAAGGAUAAUCAGCAUAAUUGCAGAGGCAUUCUUUAGGGAGGCUAUGGAACCAGCCAAACCGGAAGGCUUUAGAAUGUUAAACAUUGUUAGGCAAGUUCAAUCAAAUGAAUCGUUUUUCCAAAGCGUGGUCCAAUCUCUGGCUCCAGAACUGCAGCAAGCUUUACACGUGGCCCUACAUACAACAGCAACUACAUCUUAGCUGAAAAUAUAAAUUUAAGUUAUUGUUUUUAACGUUCAUUUGAUUAAUUCAGAGUUGAAAUAAAACAUUACGAACUGUUAUCGGACAGUUCUAAAGAAAUCUGCAUCCAUAACGACAUUUAGACUUUUAUCGCUUAUUAAGUAUUUAAUAAUUGGAAAAUAUUUUAAGUUGGCGAUUUAUGGUGUUAAUAACUUCAUAUAAACAUGACAAUGUUUUUUAUUAAACUGUACCGUUUACUUUUGUGAUUUUCAAAGUGUUUUAACCGUCUAAUUAUCUAAAAGGGAUGCACAUUGUUUUAGAAUAUCCAUAUAUAAAUUAUUUUUAUAUUUGUGAGUUAUAGGUAAAUCUCGUCAUGUGUAGUGAUUACAUAGAAAUUUUUUACGAAACUUUUUUAUAAUUACCUAAUCAACAGGUAUUUGUUUUAUGAAUUCAUUAUUGUACAUAGAUAUUCACAACUCUGAACUAUAUGUGAUACUUUUUGUUUUCAUUAAAUUCAUAAAAUAUUUUUGUCUACAAGAUCGACGUUAGUGUUUAAAAAAUAUGAAUCACUAAUGAAUUAUAAAUAUCUCAAUAAAAUGCAUUUCUCGAUG